CUUCACAGAUGGUUAUACCGUUUUGAGGCGAUUUGAGAAACGACGUCGGUUCAAAUUGGAGCUUAAAAACGUUGUCGCUUUUAGGGUCCCUGAAUCAAAACGACGGCGUGUAAUGAGGAUUUGAAUUGACAGUACAGCUUAGAGAACACCAGAAGCAUGGCGUCAUUGUCAACGAUUUUUCCCCUGAGAAGCUACUGCUCCUGCAAUUACGUUUCUACCCAUAGGAGCAUCACCACCGCCACCUCCCCAGCAAGCCUUGAUUUGAGGUUUUCAUUCUCUUCUAAUCCCAAGGAGAGAAGGGUUCUUGAGCAUGUGGGCAAGCCUCUGUCUGCCGUUGGCUCAGGGUUAGAGGCGUCGAUUACAGAUCCAAAGGACAAUGCAAUAACGUUGAAAAACGCUGAAGUAGUGCUAGAGUCCAAGGAAGAAAACAAGAUUCAGCUGAGAGUGGACUUGCCUGGAGAUGAGACACAAAAGGUGUUUGAUAAGGUUUUGAUAGAUUUGGGUCGCUCGGCGCCACCAAUUCCUGGGUUUCGAAGGCAAAAGGGAGGAAAAACAUCAAAGGUAAGUAGUUUAAUUCUUUAUUUCCGCCAGAGUCCAGACUGCAUACAUCAUAAUCACUUGGCAAUGAAAUUAUGUAUUCAAAACAUUAAGGAAGUUCAAACCAUGGUUUCAUUGCCUUCUGAAAGUUUAAGUUUGUGGUCUAUAAACAAACAAGUUCAGUGUGUUUGGAUCUUCUACAGAAAACAUGCCAUUAGAUUCUUAUAGAAUUGUCACACAGAGAGGAAUGCAUUUUUAUCUGUAUUAGCUUCUAUCACCAAAAUAUUACAGAUACAUGCUUGUAAUCUGAUAUCCUAGGUGUUGAUGUUAUUGAAUUGGCCAUCAAAGUUCAACGAAGAAGAAUAAUGACUUCUCUAGUUUGCCUUGUGUGUAUAUAUAUAUAAUAUAUAUAGAUAGUAAUCCAUUCCUUACAAUCAUAAAAAUGCAGUAAAUUUAUCAACUCUUUCCAUAAAGUGAUGACCUGGUAAACUUGCAAGUCUCUUUCCCUUAGGUCCCUUCCUGGAAUUCAAGCCUUCCAGCUGCUUUAUCUAUUAUUGCAAAGACUGUCUGUAGACAAAGUUGCUCACUAUAGGUGCUCCUGUACAAAAAUGAAGCUUGUUUGUCCUUUAUCUUACAAUUUGGGAAAUAAUGGAUGCCUGCCUGAUUUUCAGUUGAGAAUGAAAAAUGUUUUCAUAUUUGAUCUUAGAGACACAGACUACAGUCACAUUUAAUAGUUUUGUAGCCUGUAUUGAGAUUAGAGAAACUCAGAGAUAGGGUAUCACAGGCCUUGAAACAUUAUGCAUUUGAUAUUAUGCAUGAGAAUUUGUAUUUGAGCAGUUUCAGUACUCCCAAUUUUCCUUCUUUAUUUAAAUGUUUUGAUUUGACAAGAAUCUAAUCUCCAAGUAGACUAGCUAGAAUUUCUGCUGUCUUUGCUCACACGUAUUGCCCCAAGCAUUUUAUGCUGGAGAUACCAUGGAAUGUGGCAGGGACAUGGAAUAAAGUAUCAUUUAAUUUUUAUUUGUUUCUCAUUUUUCAAACCAGUAAAGAAAAUUUUAUGCAAGACGUCUGGCAUUUUAUCCUAAAGAAAAUUGCCUCAUUAAGCAUUUUAAUUUCUUGUUCUGAAAUAGCUCACUCAUAAUUUCUACAGGUCCCACGGGAUUUCCUCCUACAGAUUCUUGGUGAAGAGCGAGUAACCAACUUUGUGAUAAAAGAAAUAGUUACGUCAUCCAUUGCAAAUUAUGUGAAGAAG